GGACCGUUAUUGUAGUGCCAGGAUUGCUGAGGUUAAAAUUCGGGCUAUCCUGCUUUAUCAUAAAGCAGAGAAUUGCAACCUGGCCGAUUUUUAGUGCUUAUGUGCGAUAAUGUCAUCCAGACCUGGAUUUUACCGUCAGGAGCUGAAUAAAACCGUAUGGGAGGUGCCCGAACGCUAUCAGCUGCUCACCCCGGUGGGUUCGGGCGCUUACGGUUCUGUGUGCUCAGCGUACGAUGUGCAGCUCCGUCAGAAGGUAGCCAUUAAGAAGCUGUCUCGGCCGUUUCAGUCUCUCAUCCACAGUAGACGCUCUUAUAGAGAACUUCGACUGCUCAAACACAUGAAGCAUGAGAAUGUUAUUGGGUUGUUAGAUGUUUUCUCUCCUGCAUCGUCACUUGAAGAAUUUAAUGAGGUCUACUUUGUAACUCAUCUGAUGGGAGCGGACUUGAACAACAUAGUAAAGUUUCAGCGUCUUUCAGAUGAGCAUGUGCAGUUUCUCAUUUAUCAGUUGCUCCGGGGCCUUAAGUACAUUCAUUCAGCUGGUCUCAUACACAGAGAUUUAAAGCCAAGUAAUGUAGCCGUUAAUGAAGAUUGUGAACUCAGGAUCCUGGACUUCGGAUUGGCCAGGCAAACAGAUGAUGAGAUGACAGGGUACGUGGCGACUCGCUGGUACAGAGCACCUGAAAUCAUGCUCAACUGGAUGCACUACAAUCAAACAGUGGAUAUAUGGUCUGUGGGAUGCAUUAUGGGUGAGCUUAUCAAAGGCAAGGUAUUGUUUCCAGGCAAUGACUAUAUAGAUCAGCUGAAAAGAAUUAUGGAGGUGGUUGGCACUCCAACCCCUGACCUACUGAAGAAGAUCUCAUCAGAGCAUGCACAGAAAUACAUUCAGUCCCUUCCCUAUAUGCCCCAGCAGGAUCUGGGGAAGAUAUUUAGAGCAGCCAAUCCUCAAGCGGUGGAUCUGUUGAAGAAAAUGCUGGUGUUAGACUGCGACAGGCGUAUCUCCGCCACUGAGGCCCUGUCCCACCCUUAUUUUUCCCAGUAUCACGAUCCUGAAGAUGAGCCUGAGGCAACACUGUAUGACCAGACCUUAGAGAGCAAGGACCGCACCCUGGAGGAGUGGAAGGAGCUGGUGUUUCAGGAGGUGAACAGUUUUAAAGCACCUGUCACCAACACAGACAGUCUCCAGGCAGAGCAGUAAAGGACAGCAAAGAAAGCAGCUUUCAAACAGCAAGUCUAGCCAGCUACCCAACAAGAAGGAUUCUCUUGAUUCUGUCUGUGUGUUUACUCAAGACCGAGAAGUUGUAGCACUGAACGCUUAUUAGAUGUGACAAUGAUGCAUUCCUUAAGAAUUAAACCAUGGCCAGACCAGACACUUACCCUUUGCCUUGCUUUUGUGAAAUGUGUCAGAUUAAGACCAUGAAAUUGAAAUAAAAAAUUGAUGUUAUUACUUAAGUAAAUCCAAUUUUACAUGCAGCAGUAACAUGCGCUUACCCAUUACCUCUAAGAUCUAGGUUUUUAAUUUCAGCAUUGCUAUUGGCCAGUCAAACAUCUGCACGAAUGUCAUUGGCUAUGUCUAUAGGAAAACCGAAGCAGUUUAGCCACUGGGAGGUGUACUUGUCAGUGUGCUCUCAGUGCUGGUCCAAAGCUCAAAUAAAAAUAGGAGGGUUGCAUCAGCUCAUGCGCAGCCCAUGUAAAAACGGUGGCAAAUUUGUUAUGGAGACCAGAUCCGCUGCGGUGACCCGUAAACAUGGAACCAGCCAAAAGAAGAAAAAAUAAUUGGUAGUUCAUUGUCAGUCUGCAUUGGUUGAAUGAGUUGCUGUUAGCAAGCAAAUCAACUUGACUUACAAAAAUAAUAAUAACAACCGAACCAUACAAGACAUUUACUCUCCGUAUUGACAUUUAAGGGCUCUACAUGGUGCAUGAUGGUUUUGGUUCAGUGGCAACUUUAGUGAAGCUUAAAUUUAUGGUACAUCUGUUUAGCCAGUCAGGCACCUGCUUCGCCAACAAAAGAUGUGAAUUGACAUAAUCAAGUCCUUAAAAGUUCAACAGACAUACUAGCAGCAAGAAGAAAGGCAUUGGGUUGGCAUGUUGCAAAAGAUAAUGGACAUGAUAAAAAGGAUGUAAACAUCAUACAGUCUGGUGUGGCCACUGUUUAAUUUCUUGUGUGAAUUUCUUGUGUGUAUGUGUGUGUGGUGUUGUAUCUACGUAUUCUCCUGGAUGCUGGAAGCUAAUGUGUUUCUAUUCUCUAGAACAUAUUCAGACUUACAUAUGCAACUGUUAGAGGGAGCAUGAUUUGUUUUUGUAGCUGGUACAGGAUAGUUGUAAGUUGGCAAUCAAACCAUGGAAAGAAGACAAGGAUCAGUCUGGAAUCUAAAACAUGUUUACAGAAAAAGAAUGUCUGAGUUGUACAGUGGCUGCACCAAACAAUGGAAACACUAGAUAAAUAGUGAAUUAACUGUAAACAAAUGAGUUUUUUUAUGUCAAUUUAGGAUCAGUUUGUCACUGGGCACAUGAAUAAAUACACUGUAAAUAGUGUAUUGCACACUCACUCAUCUAAGAACGAGAUUGUAAGACAUUGUAGGACUAGCUUCCAAUACGUGUAACAUCCACCACCUGUCUUAAUUUGUUUAUAAUCAACACCUUGAUUGAAUGUUUUCAUUAACAACUGUGACUGAUUGUAAAUGCCAUGGAUCGAAAGGGUGGCAUAAAUACAACAAGAACAUCAUAUAUGUAGUAUCAUAGUAAAGCAUGGUGGUGGUAACAUCAUGUUAUGGGCAUGUUUUUUGGCUUUAGUGGCAACUGUCUAGGACGGCUGAGAUAAAUAAUUGGUCCAUAUUGGUGCAUCUUUGCUAGAAAGACUGAACUGGAAAGAAGGCAAGACAAUGACCCACAGCACACUGCCAACCAAUAGAGGGUGAAGAAAAAUUAUGUGCUUAGGUUGUCCAGUCAUAGGCCCUUGUGGUAAGACGUCUAAAUUACUGUACAUCACUGUUCCCCAACCAACCUGGCACAACUUGAAACAGUUUGUGAAAAGAAAUGAAAUUUAGGGCAGUUGUAGCCUAGUGGUUAAGGUACUGGACUAGUAAUCGAAAGGCCGCUGGUUCAAGCCCCACCACUGCCAGGUUGCCACUGAUUGGCCCUUGAGCAUGGCCCUUAACACUCAAUUGCUUAGAUUGUAUACUGUGAGUCGCUUUGGAUAAAAGCGUCUGCUAAAUGCUAAAAAUGUAAAUGAUUCCAAAAUGCCAAAUUGAUUAAGACCACCGACUGUGGAAGCUGAGAUCUAGGUGUGAAUCUAUUAGCCGUCCGGGUGUUUACACAGACACGAUUGUCUAUGACUGUGGAAUAGAUAGCCAAAAUCAUACUAUGGAUUGACACCCUGUCCAUGGUAUUUUUGCCUUGUGUCUAGGAUCAAGACCAUGAUAAAGCUGUGAUGAAAAUGAAAUGAAACUCCUGACUGCAAUUGAUAAAAUCUCAAAUAGUGACAAUUUAUAUGGAUAAGAAGCUGGCAAAUUAAUACUUUUUAAAGGGCACUGGCAAAUCAAAUGUUUUUAAAAUACAUCUCAAAUGAAUGAUUGUCCGGCAUUGUAAAAUUAUAUGAAUAGUUUAAACAGCCAAAACUGAAAAGUGAUAUGUAAUGCAGGACAGCAGAAAUAUGCUAAUAAUUAGUCUUAGGUCAUUUUAUACUCUAUCAAACCUCUGUUGCAUGUUCCCAACCGAUCUUUAACUUCUUAAUGUGUAACAGUAUUCAUCCCGGUGUGGUAAACCAAAGGCAAAAGAAGACAUGACUACACAUACAGCUAUUGUAUUAUCUUGUGUUUCCAUCCUUUUGUCAACUUUCUGCAUUUAACUAUUUCCAACAAAUAUAUUCAGCAUGUUGACUACAAAAAUACUGUAUCUCACAAUUCAAAACAAUCCAUCUAGAAAUAAUCGUCUUAUAAUACUAAGAGCUUACAUGUAGUACCUCAAAGACUUUGUGUUUAAAAAUGAUCAGAUUUAAAAGUGGAGGGUGGCUGUGUUGUGUUUUCAUGUGUUAUUUUAUUACUGACUAAAUGAAAGAGGAAGUAGCAGGCUUGCUGGGAGUUAUUUAGUUUACAUAGUAAGGAAUGGAUAUUUUGGUGUUUUAAUAGCUUAAAAAUAAAGACACAAAGUGCUACAUAUCCACAGGUGGUCUACACUGCACUGCACUGGUUUACACAUGUACACUCUGUCAUUAUAAUGAAGUAAUUACAAUUUGAUUACCUUAUUGUGUUCUUAAACAAAUCUGUUUACAAUUGUUUAGUUUUCUAUUAUUUCUGUAUUUUUCUUUUUUUAAAGAAUGAAGUGUUGUUGAGUUUAUGAUAUUACAGUCCAUUUGGCAUUCUGUGUUUCUGUGUUGGGCCUAAUAUCCUCUAUUGAGGAAUGUUUACAUUAAAAUGUGUUUUUCUCAUAUGUUUUAUAUAUUAUUAAUCAGUACUUGAACUUGUUUCACUAGAUUUGCUUUAUGUUGGUUUGUAUUAUGCUGAAUGCAUUUUGAAUUAUUUUUUUUGUUGGGUGGGGGUGUCAUAUUUUAACUUUAUAUUUGCCUCUUACCCAGUAAUGCCUAGUUCACACUACAUGAUUUUUGCCCAGAUUUUCGCUCGCCGACUGGCCUCAAUCGCUAUGUGUGAACUACUCAACAACUCGAUCUGAGUGGUUCGCCGUUGACUGAGGAGAGAUAUCUAGCAUGUUGAAUAUCUGGAUCAGUCGGUUGCGACUGGCAAUGAGUGUGGUGAGGGGGAUAAUAUAGUUUCUAUCAGAAUACAUUGGCACACACAAGCUUUACAAUAUUUGUGAACUUAUCAUCCAUGCCAAACCAUAAUACCAACACUGCAUUACAAAAAUAUUUAUUAACUUCCAACCAGUUGGUGAUAGAUCGUGUAGUGUGAAACCCCCUAUCACCGAUCAGUCGUGUAGUGUGAAAGCCACACCGACUUGAAAGACUCCCGAUUACAAGAGAUCCAGUCGUGUAGUGUGAAAGCCACACCGACUUGAAAGACUCCCAAUUACAAGAGAUCCAGUCGUGUAGUGUGAACUGUACAGCGACCUGACUAUUUGGAAAGUCAUGUAGUGUGAACUUGGCAUAAGCUGGUGUGGCAUAUCAGUACGAGCCACUGAGUUCUGGGAAUUGAAUCCCAGGUUAGGUUCACAAUACAGAAGGAGCAUGGUGUUAAAUGAACCUAGCCUAAGGGGGAUACAUAUCAGUGCACCCUUGGUGCCAGUACCAAGCCCAGUUAAAUAGGAGGGUUGUGUCAGAAAGGGCAUCUGGAGUAAAAACUAUGCCGAUUCAAAAAUAUGCAGAUGAAUAAUCUGCUGUGACGACCCCUAAUAAGAGCAGCCAGAAGUAAUAAUUCAUUUGUUUGCCUGUGCUUUGUUGGUAGAGAAUAUUCAUAUUUUAUAGCUUUGUAGAUGUGUAGCAUCCUUAUGUUUUGUGAUUUUUUUAUGUAGCCAAGAUGGAAACACCAUUUUUAAGAAUGUAAUAAAACAGGAAUCUGA